AUGGCUGCUCAUUCGCUCAACUCGGCCCUCUUGACACCGAAAAGUCCAGAUCUGCACCCUACCCACCUGGAGCCUCAGCAGGAAGGCUUCGGCAACCCCGCUUCUUCGAUUCCUUCUGGGAACCUUUAUGCUUACUCACCACCAAGAGGGGCGCCACUGGCCCGCAUCGAGUUCGAGGCACACAUAUUUCCACAGAAUGCUUACUACCAACAUCAUGCAUCUUUCGACGACUUGGAAGCAUCAGCCAACAACGGUUGUGAUUUUUGUGGACUUAUCCUCGAAUGCUUCCAACGAAGUAUCAGCGAAGACGAACGCCCUUCGCUAUGGCCUUAUGAAUGGGACCCGGAACAGCCGCUGUCGCGACCAACUGGCUCAGACACCAUGUAUGCCGUCGCCAAGUCGCUCAGUGUUUCCGAUAUAAAGCUAUGCGUGAACGCCACUCAUCUCUAUCUUGGCCAGGGGAUCAAAAAGGCACGAGUCUUUGACGAGAUCCUGGUUCAAGUCGGCCCAUUGCCUGCGGUAAAUGACGAUGAUGUAGAGCCAGAGUGGUCAAUGCCUCAGUUACGACUGACUUUGGAGUCCCCCAGAGAUGAGAAAUUUUUCAUUGGCGACUUUCGCGUGGAGAAGCUCCACGAGCUCCCGACCAGAGUUAUGGACGUGGGCGACUCCCUAGAGUCAAGCAGUGUAUCGCUGUUCCUGUCACGGGGAUUCAAGGCCGACUACGCAGCUCUCAGCCAUUGCUGGGGUGGUGCCAUAUCCCCCCUGUUGACGACCGAGAGGAUGCAUGCUUUUCAAGAAUGCAUCCAGAUGGCAACAUUACCUGCCAACUUCCGCGAUGCUAUCACUAUUACUCGCAAUCUCGGCAUCCGGUAUCUCUGGAUCGAUUCUCUCUGCAUUCAGCAAGACUCAAAGUCGGAUUGGGAACGUGAAUCCAAGAUGAUGGGAUCGGUAUACCGCAACUCUACGGUCACAAUCUCUGCAAUGGUCUCCAGCGGCAGUAAGGAGGGGAUCCUGAAGUGUGAUACUCGUGUCGCGACAUACCCCAAGGGUACAUCCUUGCCACUUUCAAGCCAGGGAAACGAGAGCUGCAGUGAAUGCCCCCAGGUCACCGUUUAUCCUCUCAGGGACCCGAGCCAAGAGACCAUCCGCGGUUUGGACCUUGGCUGUGCUUUGACGUAUCGAGGAUGGACACUGCAGGAGUACUUGCUGUCUCCACGACACAUCAUGUACGGCAAAGACAUGCUUUACUGGAGAUGUCCUGGGACGUUUCUCUCCUCCGACGGCCUCCCUCCCGGAAACAGGACGCCAGACAGAACAUACCCUACCAUGUCUCGGGUCAUAUACUCGGAUAUUCUGCAUCAUCAUCAGCCACCAGCGUCGGACAUGAAUAUCCUGUUUGUGGAGUACUAUCAGCUCGUCGGCGCCUAUUCGGCGAGGAGGUUGACCUAUGGCUCUGACAAACUUCCAGCCUUCUCUGGCCUCGCGCAGAGGCUCCAUCCCGUCAUCGGAGGAGACUACCUUGCGGGCAUUUGGACCGCCGACUUCCGACGAGGACUGAUGUGGACGGCCGACCCCACGCACUGCCCCCAUGCCGAGGGCGACUACCGUGCACCGUCGUGGUCAUGGGCAGUUACCGACGAACAAGUCCUGUACGGCUCGGGAUGCAGCUCGACAUUGGAGCCAAGCCCCUCCAGCGCCAACUUGAUCGACUACAGCGUCGAACCACGGGUUCCCGGCAACCAGUAUGGAGAGAUUCGCAGCGCCUCCAUCGUCCUCGAGGCCUUGACCAAGCCCCUCGUGCGAAGCAGCCAAGUCGUCAAUGGACUUGCAGAUCCGGACGGGGUUGGGGUGGUGAUCUUUGAUGAGAGCACCGUCUCCAAAGACUCUCUGAGAAUGACCCAUACGACGCUUUUCCAGGCGAAGGCCGAGUGUGACGAUUACUUGCUUUCGGUAAUCACCAGGCCCGGGGCCGAUUCCGACUGGGAGAUCGAUGACGAGCUCUUUGUAGAACAAGACUACCUCCUCCUGCUCGUCCACACGGACGACAAUGCGCCAGAGGAUCCAGAAUCGUCCAACUCUGGUGCGCUGUGCUUGGUUGUGCGACCCGUGGGAGGAAACGACCACUCUUCUGACACGUUCGAGAGGAUGGGGACCGCAUUUCUGGGGCCACCGAGCCUGGAAUGGCUCAAGACGUGGAGACGUCGAGUCCUGACCCUGGUGUGAAUACGAGAGGAUACGGACGUGGGUCGGGAGAGACUGGGUUAGUGUGGGCCACGUGGGGGUUCGCUCGUCACUUGCCGAGCGUGUUGUGU